UUGCGCGGGAACGGUCACGUCUCGCGACUUGUCGUCGAAAAUCCCUAGAGUCAUCGAUCAAAUAUUGUUCGAGAUGCGCAACCGUGCGUAGAUAUUCCCCUCCGCAAAUGGGAAGAGACGACGAAUCUGAUUGGCUAUCCACCUUCGCCAUAUUAUAAUGGCAUCUGUUAUAAAGUUAGGAAUGUUUGAAUCUCGCGCAAUUCUCAAAUAUGCCUAACUUCAUCGUCGACGAUAUUUGGCGCGAAUACUCUGACAGCUUUGAAGGUUAAGUGGCAUCUCGAUAAACCUUUCCUCUUAUUUAUUCCCUUUAUUUAUUAUAUACGUGCGAAAAUCACACCUGUUAAUCUUAAUCGAGAUAAUGAAGAUUACUACUCCUGAAAUCUCGUGGCAUAAUCGUGAUCCGGUGUUGAGCGUUGAUAUACAAAGUGGUACGUGCGAAAAUUUGAAGGAGGAAUCGUUUUGGAGAGUCGCGACUGGAGGAGCGGAUUGUCAUGUUUUGAUUUGGCACUUAACAACAACCGAGUGUGGUGGAACUGCUGUGGAUUUUGCAGCUGACUUGGAACGUCAUCAGAAGGCAGUAAAUAUUGUGAGAUUUUCUCCAUCAAAAGAAAUUCUAGCAUCAGGAGACGAUGAAUCAGUUAUUAUCUUAUGGAAAAUGAAGGAAAAAGAGGGACAAGAUUCAUCUCCAUCUGCAAGUGAUACCGAAAAUAAAGAACAAUGGACCUCCUGGAAAGUAUUGAGAGGUCAUAUUGAAGAUAUUUAUGAUAUCAGCUGGUCACCAGAUUCAAAUUUUUUAAUUUCUGGAUCUGUUGAUAAUACUGCUAUUAUAUGGAAUAUUCAGAAAGGUCAUAAAACAAUAUUAUCAGAUCAUAAAGGUUUUGUUCAAGGAGUUUCCUGGGAUCCUUGUAAUCAAUAUGUGUGCACUAUUAGCACAGAUAGAUAUUGUCGUUUAAUAAACAUUGCUACAAAGAAAGUUAUUCAACGCGUUUAUAAGUCUACAAUCCCAACACCAGCCAAUAGUCCAUUGAAGGGAAAGAUUGUACGUUUAUUUUAUGAUGACACAUUUAAAUCGUUCUUUCGCAGACUGACCUUUUCGAUAGAUGGAUCACUAAUUUUUGUUCCCUCUGGAAUAAUUGAAUCACCUGACACAGAAGCUAUAUCAAAUGCAACAAUUGUUUUCUCCAGAGAAAAUAUGAAAGAACCAAUAAUGAUUUUACCUUCUAUGAAUGAAUGUACUAUAGCAGUAAAAUGUUGUCCAGUAUAUUUCGAAUUGCGAAAAGAUGGACCAAAUGCACUGAUAACAUUGCCUUAUAGAAUGAUAUUUGCUGUUGCUACGCAAAGUUCUGUAUUAAUUUAUGAUACACAACAAACUUGUCCAAUUGGUGCAAUAUCACUUAUUCAUUACGGUCGAUUAAAUGAUCUUUCAUGGUCCAGUGAUGGCCAAAUUUUAAUUGUGUCUUCGAGCGACGGUUAUUGUUCCAUAAUACAUUUUGAAAAAGGUGAACUAGGUAAAAUUUAUAAAGUGAAAAAUUCUGAUACAGUUUUAAGAGAAAUAUUUAAAAGUUCUGAUAAAAAAUCAAAAAAUAUAGUCAAUAAAGACAAUAUAAUUAAAAGCAACACUUCAACAUUUGAUGUUGACGAUUGUGCAAUGGAUAUUGAUCUUGUAAAAUGCGAUACAACUAAUACAAUAGUGCAUCAGCCUAAAGAACUUAAUGAACAGAAAUUUAACAAUGUGGAUGAUAAAUCAGAAGUCAGUGAUUUACAGGCAGACAAGAAAUCAGGUGAGAAUAUUAAUGCAGAAGAAACAGAAGAUAUUAAAUUAGUGUAUGAAGAAAGUAAUAGUAAUACAGGUAAAAGUAAAAUUAGAAAUACUCCACCAAAAGCUGAUGUUGUUCCUAUUAUAUGUCAUAAAACUCCUAGAAGAGUAAAGUUAAUAACUUUGUCGAGUCCGAAAGGACUUAAAAAGUAGCUUGUAUACAAAAAUAGAUCCUUCUGAAAUCUAUUGUACAAUUUAAUUAUUUUUUAUAUUAUAUAUACAUAUUGUGACUAUGAGAAUGUAUUUCUUCAAGAUGAAUAUAUAAGAAAAAUAUAAAUUUUAUAUUCAAAUA